CUUUUAGUUCCGUCUACAGGUCUUCAAGAAGUUUGGAUUCACGCCGGGAUAACAGUGAGCUGACUGGUGGAGAAACUUGUCAGCCAUGUUUCUCCGAACGUGUUUUGAAACUGUGCUGUUGUUCGUGGUGACAAUAAAAGCUGCCCCCUAUCCUAUACCCGAAGCCUCUCAGAAGGCACCAGGAGUUGAAGCAUUCUUAGAAAAGGAAUUACAAUUGAUAAACAAGUAUCGUUUGAUGCACGCCGCCGCUCCUCUUCAGCUCUCACUCGACCUAACCAACAAGGCCGAGUUAUGGGCAACUCAACUAGCCAAUCAAGACAAGGAAAAGAUUGACGUCAACUCCAAAUAUGGUCAGAAUAUUUUCUCGACCAAAGAUGAGAAAGACGUCGCAGCUAAAAGCGUGCGGUCGUGGUAUAAUGAAAUCAGAUUCUAUGAUUUCCACAGCGCAAAGGAAUCUCUUAAGUCUUCUUAUUUUACCCAGCUUGUCUGGGUUGGAUCUCAAGACGUCGGUAUUGGAAAGGCGAAAAGUGCAAGCGGUAAAACCUACAUCGUCGCCUUAUUUAACCCUCCUGGUAACGAAGGAAACUUCCUGCAUAAUGUGCUCCCAGUAACAGGGAGUGGUGUUGGAAAGCAAGGACCAUCAAAGUGCCCUAAUGGAUAUAAACUGUACAACAAUAUUUGAUACAAGUACUUUCCUGGUCCAGUCAACUGGGUUCAAGCCUCAGAGAAAUGCGCUGCGGAUUUUGCCACACUUGCAUCGAUUGGGAGUGAAGCUGAGGAUAUGUUCGUGAAAACUAUUUUGACUUCAGCUGGUGUCUCAGACGCCUGGAUCGGGGUAAGCGAUUUAACGAACGAUGGAGUCCUGUCCUGGCUGGAUGGGAGCCCACCUCACUUUAUGAACUGGGAUUUCUAUCAGAAGAAUUUUCCUGGAAAAAAGUGGGGCGUCAUAUGAACCAACUUUAAUUGGAAAUACAAUGCUUGCGAUGGAUCGAGAGGAUUCGUUUGCAAGCGACCCCUGAGAGGCAUUACCGAAUAUUUAGUGAUCCUUCGUUACGAAAAUAAGUUAUGGACCGACAACCUUUACGUGCCGGGAAGUCCUAGGUACCAAGCUCUCAGCAGACAUAUCCAAGAAGCGCUUCUCGAUGUGUACGGUGACUUUGAUUGGUUUGAGCAAAUCACAGUGGAUCACUUCAGCAAAGGAGAGGAAGACAAAAUCCUGGCAUACUUCAAGCUACGCUUUACUCCUGAUGAUACCUCCCCAGCUGAUCCGAUCCAGUUUCUGCGGGACUCCAUUCAGGGAAGUGAUUCCUCAAAAAGAAGUGUCAUCACCGGAACUCUUUAUGGGGAAAAAGUUCAGCUUAUUAACGCUACUAUGAUUGUGGUGGAUCAGACUCCAGAGACUUGUCCCAGUUACUGCAUGAGUUCGCAAUGCAUGCCGACCGUCUGUAACCCAUGGUGCUGUGAUCCAUUCGGCCAGCAGUUUUUCCAAAGCUCCUAUGGAGCACCACAGCAGCCUGGAUACAACAUGAUUGGUUCUGCACCAGGCCAAAUACAAGGUUAUCCCUCACCAAACCCCCUCUCAGUCCCUCAGCAAGCCCAGUUUCAGUACCGACCUCUACCACAGCCUGCUUACUCGAUCCUUCCACGGCCACAGCCAUAUCAGUACCCAAUUCCACCCCCUCAAUACCCAUUACCACCUCAGCCUCAGCCAUACCAAUAUCCAGUUCCAACCCGGCCACAACAACAUCAAUACCGACCACAGACACCCAUUCAGUCCCCUUACUCAGUCCCACCACGACCACAGACAUAUCCUUUCCCAAUCCCUGUGCAACCGCAACAGAUUCGGUACCAGGUUCCGCAAAGACCACCCAUGCCUCCAUCGCCACAGUUCUUAAUUUUACCGGGUCAGCCACAACCCCAGCACCAAGCACCACAACAAUACCAGGCUAUCCCAAGGCCAGUGUAUCCACAACCCUGGCCGGUUUAUCCCCAGCCUCAGCAGAUGAUGCAACAGCCUCCACCACAGUUCUUGCAAAUGGGUCAAAAUACAAAGGAGAAGCAGAAGCCACAAGCUGGUCAAGGGAAGUCUCCGGUACAACUUCAGGGAGUGGUAUCCUCGUACCCCUUCCAACAACCAUACCAGCCCUUGCCAAAUCCUCCGAUGCCCUUCUACCAGCCAGCCUUCCAGCAAUACUACCAACCUACUGUUGCAGCUCCAAAGCCACAUUCACCUGGUAAAGAGAAGGCGAAGGAGUCGGCGAAGGAAUCUGAGAGCGGCAAAGAAAAGUCUCAUGAGAAUCCUCUGCCAGUUGCUGUACCACAGCCAACCUAUCCUUAUUUGGGAUAUCCUCCACAAUCUUCCUACCCUUACUACUCCGCUCCAAUACCAUCAACUCAGACGAUACCUUUUAAGAUAAGAGUGUAUCGACCUGUCUUGAAUAUCCCCCGUUCAUCCCCUCCUCCUCUGUUUAACUCGGGGUAUCCGAUUCCAAAUAUGCAGCAGCCGGUUUACCAGCCUUACCCUGUCCCCCUUACGCAGUACCGGCUACCACCAGGUGGUCUACAACCUGCAUCUCCAGGGCUUCGUCCUUUAGAACAAAGAUCCUUUUAUCCACAAGUCAGCCCUCCUCCACAAGGUUAUCCGAUGCAGUCAUCCUUGCCAGUCAGUCCUUAUCGGCCACCAUAUCUCGGCGUACAAAUCCCGCCCUAUCCCGGCGUACAAAUGCCGCAAACAGCUCCCUUACCUGUUCAUAAGUGAUGAACUUGGCUACUAAAAAAAACCGAAUAUGGAUUAUUUCUUAGGAAAUGAAAUAUAAAACGUUGUGAUAUGCAAGAUUUUUGCUUAAAAUUUGUACAAAGAGCUGCUUAAUAAGUUUCAUCUAGGGCAUAACUUAUCGAUACUAACCAAUACAUUAAUUCAUAGCUUAGAUGACACAGUUUUGAUUGAAUCUGAGACAUAGGUUGAGUCUCCCAAAAACGGUGCAUCUACACUCGUGCGCCAAGUACGGGUGACUUUCUUCUUUUCUCCUUAUUAGGGAUUUAGCCUAGCCACGCCACCGUAAUAUCUUCCCGGAAGAAAUUUAAGCUUGAAAACUCUCAUUACUUUCUCCUGUAAAUAGACUUGAUUGUACAUGGGAAAUAUUUCCACAGCGAUUGAAUGCCGGGAAAAAAAAGGGUCAUGUAUAUAUAAUGACUUUUACCUUUUCAUCUUCAACUGAUGUGAUAGCCGAACUUCAUUUGUUGUAGUUGUUGCUUUUUCCUUGCUUGUUUUCUUGAGUACAAUCUUAGUGAAAUGUUCAGCAAGCAACCGUGGACGAUAAUCCUACUCUUGUACGUUGGAUCAGCAGUGAUCUGAUCGGCUCAAAAUAAUGAAUAUAAAUGUAGAGGCAAGACUGAUACAAGGUAGAUAAGUUUUGAAAAACUGGAUACAUUACA